AUGGUAAGGAAUACGAGUAACUUGGUGAGCUUCCGAAGGCGCGACGAAAAACCCCCGCAGAAUGAAGAUGGUGUAUCAAGCAACAAGACGGCCUGUAAGGCGUAUAAUAGUGUUCUGGAGUUAGUGGGCAACACGCCUCUUGUCAAACUGAACAGGUUGCCAUUAGAACAUGGAGUUAAAUGUGAAGUUUAUGCGAAAUGUGAGUUCAUGAACCCAGGAGGUUCUAUUAAGGACAGAAUUGCGUUAGCCAUGAUGCAGGAUGCACGAAAGGAUGGUGCUGUACAUGAUCAAACAGAGUUUGUCGAAGUUACAUCAGGAAACACAGGCAUCGGAAUUGCAUUGAAUGCUACUUUGAUGGUUGAUAACGAAAUUAAUCCGAGAGCUCACUAUGAGAAUACAGGAGAAGAAAUUGUGGCAGCUCUAGGAAGCGUAGACGUUUUGGUACUGGGAGCUGGCAGCGGAGGCACUUUGUCUGGCGUGGGCAGCAAACUGAAGGAAGUCAACCCAGACUACAAGUUAGUCGCAGCUGAGCCCGAUGGUUCUGUCAUGAUAAACAAGGACGGAAAUCCUCAUCCGUUUUUGGUUGAAGGUAUCGGAGGAUCCGAGGCACCAAUUAUUCUAGACAAGUCACUUGUCGAUCACGUCGAGGUAGUUACCGAUAAAGAAUCGUUUUUGAUGGCUCGGGAAUUGUCCAAAAAGGAGGGAUUAUUAUGUGGUGGUAGUAGCGGAGCGGCCGUGUGUGCAGCAUUCAAAGCUGCAAAAUCUCUAAAUAUUGGCCACGGCAAGCGAGUUGUGGUCAUCCUGCCCGAUGGUAUCAGGAACUAUAUGUCUAAGUUCGUCAGCGACCAGUGGAUGGAAGCACAUCGGUUUCUGGAGCCUCCUCAACAUACCAUGAAGUGGUGGACAAAGCCCGUCAGUGAUUUGAACUUGAAUCGUGAAUAUCCUAAAAUGACGUCAAAAAGCACGUGUCAUCAGGUCUUGGAAGCUAUGAACGAGACCAACGUCAACAUUGCUGUCAUUGUCGAUGAUAACGGACAUUACGUAGGAGCUGUGUCAAAAGACAGUCUUCGGAACAGAGCGACAAACCCCACUAAGUUACCAGGCCAGGUCUCUGAAGAGUAUGACUUCCAGGAUGUGGUGACUGACCAUCUAGACAAGCAUGUCUACACACUAGCAGACAAUAUACCUGAGGACACUACCAUUGGUCUCCUUUCCCGUGUAUUGGACAUCACUCCGUAUGUGGUCAUCGUGACAAAAGAUCCCCAUAAUAGUGCAUUCUGCACUCCAAGCAAAGUGGUGACAGGUGAUGAUGUUCUUGACUACAUUUUCGAAUCUUCCAAAACGAUAAAUUAAUAUGUC